AUGAUGAUCCCAAGCGUCCUUGCGCCUCCGGCCUUCUACCCGGGUCUGUACCGGCCCGCCGCGUCUCUGCCCCUCCACCAGACCCUGCCCAACGUCUUUCCGACGCACUCCAGCUUUCUAGUGGAGGACCUGCUGCGGAUAAGCCGACCCGCCGCCUUCUUAAACCGGACUGUUCCCUCAGUCAGCGCCUCCCUGCCCACAGACACCACCACCAUGUCUUUCAGCCGCGAAACGUGCUCGCCAAAAACGUCACUGCCGAGCAGCAAGGACCCAACUUUUCUCAAGUUUGGAGUGAGCGCCAUCCUCGCACCUUCACCAAAGACCGUUUCCUCACACCCCACAAUCCACCAUCUGCACUCCAAGACCUACCCCUUCCCCUGCUUUGACGGAACCUUUCACCCCAUAUUCAGGACGCCUUAUUUACCAGCAUCUUCAUCUGUGGUUCCCAUCCCCGGGACUUUUUCAUGGCCCCUGGCCGCAAGAGGGAAACCCCGGAGAGGGAUGCUAAGGAGGGCUGUGUUCUCUGAUGUGCAGCGCAAGGCCUUAGAGAAAAUGUUCCAGAAACAGAAAUACAUCAGCAAGCCAGACAGGAAGAAACUGGCUUCUAAACUUGGCCUAAAGGACUCACAGGUGAAAAUCUGGUUUCAGAACCGGCGGAUGAAGUGGAGAAACUCCAAGGAACGGGAGCUGCUGUCGUCCGGUGGCUGCCGUGAACAGACGCUGCCCACCAAAGCCAACCCGCACCCAGACCUCAGCGACGUGGGCAAGAAAUCCUCAGCAGAGGAUGAUGAGGAGGAAGAGGUGUUCAGCAGAGAGAGUGUGAGGGUGGCAGGCUCCAGCAUAUCCUCUCCCUCUCUCUCCAGUAAGCACUCAGACUUUUCAGAGUCAGACGAAGAAGAAAUAACAGUAUCUUAA